AUGUCUUCAAGCCCGGGUCGUGUCAACCUGAGUGCCGCACAUAUUGAGUUCGGGCACCUGUUGAACCGUGCCGCCAUCAGAUGCGUUGAUGUUCUUACUGAAGAUUUGGCUGGCCUUGGCGAGCUUGUUCACGAAGUGCAAAAUGAUCGAGUGGCAUUUACUCACACAUACCAUCAGGUCAUUGUUGCUCUUGCAACACUCCAGUCCUCUGUCCAAGACCUCUCUCGCGCCUACAUUCAGCAUGCCAACACCGUCCUCACCCCUGGCAAACACGGCCUGAACCCCAUUGACGCCAACCUCACCAGUAUCCUUACCGAAUCAGGACUCUUGAGCGCUCGCCCUGCCGAUGCUGCUCCAGCUGCUGCACCCGAACCAGAGGUCGAUGGGAAGAAGAAGCGCAAGCGGACACCGCAUGAUCCUAACGCACCAAAGCGUGCCCUGACCCCAUACUUCCUCUACAUGCAAAGUGCUCGUGCCACUAUUGCGAAGGAAUUGGGCGACUCAGCGAAGCCGAAGGAAGUUGCAGAUGAAGGAACGCGUAGAUGGACCGAGAUGAGCCCUGCUGAGAAGAGCAUUUGGGAUGACAAGUACCAGAAGAACCUGGCUGCAUACCGCGUCAAGAUGGCAGCUUACAAAGCCGGUCAACCCGUCCCUGACGACGAAACUGCAGCGCGUCUGGUUGAGAUGGGUAAAGCUCCUGAGCACAUCGCUGGUCUCGAUGCCGAAGCAGAGACGGAGGAAGAGCCAGUUGAGGAAGAAGAAGACGAGGAAGAGGCUCCAGCUCCAGCUCCCGAGCCUACACCUCCGAAAUCCAAGAGACGCAAGACCAAAGACGCCGAACCUACUCCCAGCAAAGCAACUCCCAAGGCCGAAGCCAAGUCCCCAGAGAAGGAUAGGAAGUCGAAGAAGAGCAGGAGGGAAGCUGCUGCCCCAACCAAGGUCGAGAAGUCCAAAAAGUCUAAGAAAUGA